AUGUCUCGAAGCGAGGAUAUCAUAUCAUACGCCGGUGAAGAACACCAAGUAGAUUAUAAACCUACGAUUGGUGAUAAAGUAUCAGGUAGCAUCGAGCAAGCUGUCGGUAAAAUCACCAAAAAUCCAGACAAGGUCACCGAAGGUCAAGCCAAGAAGACUGGUCAUCCAACAGACCAAGGUCACCACGUCGAUGCACAUGAUCAUGGAGUCGAAGAUAAAGAUUCUCUUGAUCACGCGAGGGAAUCACCCCAUCUCUCGCCUUCCGAACGAUCACCUGUCAACCCCAAUUCGGAGGGCAAUCUCAAUACCUCGACUGAUGGUGCACACCACGUACAUGAUUCGGUACAUGCUGCCAACAUCCCCCCUCCCCCACCAGCAACUACCAAUCCCUACGUGAUUGAUCAAUCAGCUACUGCUACUCUCAUGGACAAUGCAGCUGCACAAAAGGGUACUUCCCACCAAGCUACUAAUAUCCCUUUACCUCCCUCUCACCAGAAUUCAUUUGCCAACUACACGCCCACCACACCGGGAGAGGGAGGUAAUCCCUCGUCAGGGUAUAUUGUCCAUGGCGGAUUGCCCUCAGCAGGUCAAGGUCAUUCGGAUGUAGGACUAGGACAAGGUGGAGUAGCUGAUAGGAAUCUCUUCCCUCCUGCUCACACCCAACAACUCGAAUGA